AAGUACCUUCAAACGUUCAACUUGUGCUCCAGAAUGCAUUCCAAGCCAUCUAUCACACCAUUCGACUCGAUCUCGGUGUGAUUCGCCCGAAUCAGAUAUUCACAUCAUCAAGUAUGUUCAAUGAGAGCAUAUUGGCGGUGCCUCUCUUCCAGUCUUUCAUCACGCCCAAUAGUACUCCCCCCCCUUUUCCUGUGCUCUCACUGUAUACAUCGUUCAUCGUGAAUAAUUCAUGUGCCAAUGCAAGUCGGGUAAGACGCUCCGCAAGUGAUUUCAGCUAUUACUACCAACAUGCAUCCCAAUUUGGACCUCUCGAUGUUAGGGUACCCUCUGUAUCAUAUCUUCGACCAGUGUUCCGCCGAAAAUCUACAGCGUCAGCCAUAUCUAGUGUUUUUGUGGCUACGUUCGCCAUGGUCUCUGCGGCGUGGUCCCUAUUCCAUUUCAUCGCUGGUUCCUUCUGCGGGAGACAAAGUGAUGAAUCCGGCGGUUGUCCGCAUUGUAGCCAUUGUCGAGGUCCCAGCGGAGAUCCUGAAUCUGUGUUACUGGUAUCAGGCUGCGAUAACCGCCAUGAGGAGAUAGCCAUGGGAGAAAUGGAUCACCAUAAAUGAAUUAUGUUGGGAUGUAAUACUUCUCGUUGACAACGAUUCUUUUGAAUUCAGUAAUGUUACGGUCUCAGGAUGUGUAAUAGAACAGACUCUACUUAGUAAAGUUCGAAGUACUGUGUAUGCAGGAAGGGGUGACACUAGUUCAUUGACGAGAACGCGCUCUAUCUUAGCCGAGACACGUAAUAAUGGGACCCUUGGGUGAACAACUAAUGAAGGGCAAAAGAGAGACGCACACGUAGGCGUCUAUGAGCACGUGU